GUUUCACUUUACAAUGAAACAGGAAGCUAAUAGACUAUAUAUAAAUAUCACAUGAUUUGAGCACAGUCCCAAAUCAGACCUACAGCCAUCUAUCUACACUAGAGCUAAUAAUCAACCUAGGGUGUUAAGCAUGUUAUCCCUCCUAAUACUGCUGCUGAAUCUUACCAAUCAUGCUUUUGGACAAAAUCCUGCAAUAAAGGCCAUAUUGACAAAUAAAGGACUUCAAUAUGGGUCACACAUUGGGGCUGAUUGGAUGCAGGAGAAGAUAGGUAGUGUGAUCAUACCAGAUGUCAGAGGUGGUGUUGACAUUGGUAUAGGAACGGUGCACUACGUCCUUGACGGAAUCUCAGUGUCUGGGUGUGAUGUUCCAGAGCCUUCAGUGGACUUCUAUGAGGGCGUGGGACUCAAGGCUGUGAUCAGUGGCCUCAGCAUUUCAAUGAGUGGAAAUUGGCACACACGUUUUGGCAUCAUAACCGAUGGUGGCUCAUUUGACCUGGCAGUGUUCAAUGUGGAUGUGACUUCUGUGGUGCAGAUAGGAAGUGAUCAGAGUGGACACAUUUCUAUCUCCAGCAAAAACUGUGAUGCCAACGUCGGCGAGGCAUCAAUCAAUUUCCAUGGAGGCGCCAGUUUGAUCUUCCAGCCAUUUGUGAGCCUUUUCCACCAUCGCAUUAAAGCUAUAAUUGAGGAAAGAAUCUGCCCAUUGGUUGAAGAGCAUGUUACCGAUUUGGAGGGACAUCUAGCAGAAAUGCAAGUGUCCUUCAAGGUCAAUUCUGCUCUAGUUUUGGACGUCCCCCUCACUAACUCACCCCUCGUCGAUUCUAUUAGCCUUGGUCUGGAUUUGAAGGGUGAAUUCUACAGUGUUCAGAGUCACACAGAUCCUCCUUUUAAGGCCGAGCCUUUUCAUCUGGCAGAGGACAAAGGCCACAUGCUCUCCCUGGGCCUGUCUGAAUUCACUGUCAACUCCGCCUCCUAUGCUUACUUCUCCGCUGGACUCCUGCAGGCCCAAAUAAACGACAGCAUGAUCCCCAAGACCUCUCCUUUCCGUCUCAACACAACCUCCUUCGGGCCUCUCAUCCCUCAGCUUCCCAAGCUCUUCCCCAACAUGCUGAUGGAACUACAGGUGUAUGCCAGGGACGUUCCAAUGUUUUCCUUCCAGGCUGAUAAGGUGACAAUGGAAUUUCCAGGUGCUGUUAAGGCCUUUGCCAUCCAGCCAAAUGCUUCACGGACCCCACUGUUCAAGCUCAAUGUUGACUCCAUUUGUAGUGGGAUGAUACGCAUUUCAGAAGAGAAACUCAAAGGCGUGGUGGAACUAAGCAAUUUUACCCUGACACUUGCAUCAAGUGAAGUGGGAACAUUCCAGACUGCAGCCCUGGAAAAGUUUAUGAAGCUGGGGAUGAAGAUUUCAGUGUUAGCUAAACUGAACGCCAAACUGGAGGAGGGCAUUGUUUUACCCACCAUGCACCACAUCCAUCUGGUUAACCCUGCGCUGAAGAUCCAGCAGGGAUUUGUGUCCAUUGCAUCAGACCUUGAUGUUAAAUCUGGCAAGGGAGAGUCUUUCUGAAGGGAUUUACCAUUACAGACUCUAGGUGGUGCCUGCUAAUAUCAUUCAUUAUUAUCCCAGAAAAAAAUGAUACAUUACUAAUUUCUUAAUGUAGAACUGCAAGUAGCUACACAGUAACUAAUUACUAAUUAAUGGUUACAUUUUUGCACCUAAAACACCAGACGAUUGUUAUAGAUUUUAAAACCUAUUAUUCAAGAGACAAUUUUCAGCUUUGCCUAGUUUUCAGUUAAUCAAUUAUCACAAGUAUCACAUGAAAUGUACUGCUUCACCUGAAAUUACAUUUGAGCAUUGCUCCAUUUUGGAUAACUCACUGAUUAAAGAGAGGAACAAGACAACUUGUACUGUAACGCUGCUAAAAACAACUGAUUGCAGCUCACAAUAAACCUGAUUGCAACUCUGGACAAUAAAGCUGUGUGAUGCAAUACAAUGAAACACCACAUUAAUACACUGAAAAAUGAUUGUUUUACUAAAAGUGAAUUUCUGUUUUCUUGAAGUGUUCGCUAUGGCAAGGUUUACAAGGCUACAGUAAACAUGUAGUCCCCCAAGCACCUCUCAGAUUUGAUUUAUUUAGUUCAGGUGUGGUAUCGAAAAGAUCCCCCCUGACAGAAUCCCCCCCCCCUUCCCCCCUUCACGUGAACGCGCACACAUCAAUUCUUCAUUGUUGCAACUUGCAUGCUAGUUGAGAUGUCUGAUCACCGUAGGCUCCGUUUCAUUUUAUUUUUGAUGUAAUUUUGAUCGCGGGCAGGCACAAGUAAUGUCUGCAGUUUUCGGUUUGGCUAUUUGUUUCAAGUGUAUUAGUCUAUAAAUAAAUCUCUUUGCCAAAAUGUG